CUUUGAACGGAGGAGCAGCCAGGUGCGCCUCACCCCUGCCUUUCUGUCUUCCAAGGAGCGCGUUUCUUUGUGCACCGUGAAGCUUGUUGAGGGGGAGUGGAGGCAGAGGUCGAGGGCAAUGGCGCGUCAGGUGGUUCUUGCCGCCGUUCUUCUGAUGAUCGCUGCUGCAGUUCAGGUGAGCGCGCAGACUCCGACUGAGGUGACCAUCGGUUAUGUCACCUACGCAGGCAACGGCUGCAAUUCCGACAACACCAACUGGGUGCUGUCGAACGACUACAAGACUGUCACCUUCAUAUUAGGCGGGAUGGUUGCGACCAAGGACGGGUCGCUCGCGGACAAGAGGAAGGCUUGCCAGAUGUCGCUCUCUAUGAACUACACGGAUGGCUGGAGCGUCUCCAUUGGUCAGGCCACGGCCCGCGGGUUCGCUGACAUCCCCAAGAACUCCGAGGGCAUCUACGAGACGCACUACUACUUCUCCGGACAAACGGGGACGGCGAUGGCCGAGCGCAAAAUCAAAGGCCCAAUGGUUGGCAGCUUCGAGUUCACGGACGACUUCCUGCCGCUUGUCUGGAGCAAGUGCAACAAUGCCGCCGACCUGAACAUCAAGACGGUAGUGACAUCGGGUGUGGUGGCGCUCGACUUCCAGGAUACCAAGUUCCAGCUCAUCUACAAUCUUCGAUGGAGGCAGUGUCCUCAAAAUUGAGACCCCCGUUCACCAUCACGCACUGAGGGUGGCGGGUGAGCGGGAGGAGAUAAAGAGCGGAGGGGUGA